AUGCCCCACAUUCAUUAUGGCAAGCAUGCGGCUGACCUUCCACUAAAGUUCCACAGUCGACGUCAAGCCUCAGGCGAAACCCUCGCAGAGUAUUUCAGAGAGUUCUACCGACUUGCCCACCUGUCGAUUCUGCCAGACGACGCCAAAGCAUCUCUGCUGGAGUGCCUCACGCAAGUCAUCCAAAAUCGUCUUCUGUUGCAGCAAAUCAAUGGCAGAAUUCACCACACCUUGGACGUACUGAUUGCUAUUGUCCACGAACGAGUUGAGGCACAACAGCACACCGAAGUGCAGGCUGUUGGAAAAGCUGACGCACUCAUGGACUUGAAGCGUGCUUUCGUGCAAGUUAGAGGAUCAGGCACUGUACUGUCCGACUGA